CCGCCGGGGCGCUACCGGCCUCUCGCGAGAGCAGGGGAAGGGGGCGGUGCCGCUGCAGCUGCGGCUUCGCGCCGCGGCCGCCCUGACAGAGGGGAAGGAGGGAGAGGCAGCGGCCGGGCUGGUCCGGUCCCUCCGCUCCCUGCCGACGCGGCCUCUCCGGCUCGGCUCUUCCCUUCGCGACUCACCCUGGCCAUGGCCGGCCGCGCGCCGCGGGGGCCCCCGUUCCGCCGCCGCUGAGGAGCCGCCGCUAUGAAGAAGGGCCGCUCCCGGGGGGACAAAGCGGGGACCCCCCCGCCCCCCAGGAGGGAGUCCGGCCGGGCGGCCGCCGCCGAGAGGAGAGCGGCCCCUGCGGGGGGCGGCAGGAGGGAGCCGCAGGACGCCAGGGCCCCGGGCGUCGCCUACAGGGAGACGAAAGAGAAGGAUGUGGUAACAGAAUCCGCUCCAUUACGGUGCAGAAAGCUCAGUAACCCUGACAUCUUUUCAUCUACUGGGAAAACUAAACUCCAUCGUCAGCUAAGUCAAGAUGACUGCAAACUGCGUAGGGGUAGCCUGGCCAGCUCUCUGUCAGGUGCAAAUGUUUCAACGUGGCCCUUAUCUACUCCAUCCCAGAGGCUGGUCCAGAUUAGAAGGCAAAAAAACGAACUCGGGAUGACAUGUUUGCCGAGCUCAUGCAGUUCUCCCGCACUGAUAGGGCCCAGCUGAAUGCGUGGAGGCAAACAACUGCGGAGUCCCAUAA